UUGACCAGCUUUGCAUGUUUGACAUGGAAAUGGCGGGGAAGUCUACACUAAAGGCGGUUGAAAAUGUUUAGGGAGCAUUUGCUGACUCCCGAAUAUUUUUUCAAAUCCAGAUAUGGUGGUGGCAUGGCUUCAGCUAAAUCUAAAGAAACUCUUCUGCCACCGUCAGCUUUCCAAAGACCAGCUGCCUCCAAGCCUACCGUGAUUCCAUCUGCCAUUGGAAAACAUAAAGAUCUUCAGGUGGGAGAUGAAGAAAAAGAGGAAAAAAGAUAUCCCUGGAGAGAGUUAAAUAGAUUGUCAGAUGAAAUAAGUGAUUUAAGAGCAGAGAACCGAAGGCUGAGGGAUAAAAAGCCUGCUGCUAUCAUACCCACAAGUGAGGAGAUCAAGGCCAGAGUGGAUGUCCACCACUCGCCCUCUGAGAGAUCAGACCGUCGCCAUUUUGAUGACAUCAUCAGCAGACAGGCUACAGAGGUUGCUGAGCUGAAACUCCAGCUCAGUAAAGCAAAAGCUGAUCACAAUCAGAAUGUGCUAAGACUCGAAGGACAGAUUGCCAGCAGUGAUAUAAAACAUGAGCAAGUAUUGGCAAGACUACAAGAAAAACUUGGACAAGAAGAAGAGAGAUUUAAGAAUGAGAUAGACAUUUUAAACUCAAAUCACCAACAAGAGCUGUCAAGAUUAGUAGUACAAGUGUCAGAACUAAAAGGACAGCUGCAACACCAACAGGAAACCAGACAAACUAAACAAGAGCAGCUGGAGAAUGAAAUGAGAAGAUUACUGCAGGAGAAACAGGAACAAGAAGAAACAACAAAAAGAGAUUUAGAUGAAAAAGAAGCUCAACUGUUUGAACAGUCCAAAGAGAUCCAGAAGCUGCAGAGCUAUAUCAAGCAGACGCAGGAAUAUGCACAGUCUACGGAAGCAUGGAGAAUAGACAAACAAACCAUGGAAAGAAAACUUGCAGAAGUGCAGAGUGUGAAGGAGGGUCUGGAGUCAACACUUCAGUUGCUUCAUAUUCGACUGAAUUCUUUGAAUGAAAUUCUGUCAAUACAGGAGAAAGAACUGUCUAAGACAAAGGGGGAAGAAAUAAGUGAGAAAAAGAAAGGUGCAAAUUUACUUACAAGAUGGAGAGAGAAAGUGUUUGCUUUAUUAGUACAACAGAAGUCUGCAGAUAUAGUGAGAAAGAAAGAUGAACAAAACUGGAAUGCAAAGGUCUCUGCAAUAGAACAGCAACUUCAACAAGCUUUGAGCAAAAACCAGAUGCUCGUCCACUCGAUAUCAGACAAAGAAGCUCAGUUAGAGAUAGAAAGGAACAACUUGAAGACUACCCAGAAUGCUCUGACAAAAGCACAAGAGUUGGCACUCAGUUUAGAUGAGAGGUUGCAACAAGACAGGGACAAGGUGGAGAUUCUUCAACAGCUUGCACAGUGUGUCCAAGAAAAAAUGACUGACAUGGACCAGAUGCAGUCAGGAAUUCUUGGAACUCUCAAGUCCUAUGGACAGAGAAUAAGUUUUGCCAGUGGCCGAGUGGAAAUGCUUCAAGGCCAGUUUGCCAGGAAGGAGGCAUUCUUAAGGAUGCAGAUGUCAGAAGAAACGGAAGCCAUGAAACAGAAAACAGUUCCUGAAAAACCUCCUCCAGUGGAUGAAACAAGUGGUUCUUAUGGUCAGUUGUGCCAGGAACUAGAGAGAGUGACCAGAGAGAGGGACAGUCUGGCCACACAGAUCAGAAAAGACUCUGAACUCAUUGACCAAAAGGUUGGAGACGUAAGGCACAAAUAUGAAGGAGAAAUAGAAGGUUUGAGGGACAGAAUAAAACUUCUGGAAACCUCUGUAGAAGAUAGAAAUCAGAAAUGUCACAGGCUGAGUGAGCAGCUAGAGGAGGCCCACAGUGGACUGGAGGAGGCCAGAGAAGCCGUGAACAAACUGAAGACUGACCUAGCCAGGCAGCAGUUAGAGGCUGAAAAAGCACUCAAGGAUAAACAGACCAAGGACGAGCAACAGUUCAUUGAACAGUUCACAGAGAUGGAGAGAAAGCUAAAUGAUGCCAGAAGGGAACACACAAAGGCUGUUGUUUCGCUACGGCAACAAGAGAGACAGAUGUCAAGAGAGAGACAGAGGGCCGCUGACCAGGUUAAGGGACUAGAGGACCACUACAAGGUGCAGCUAGACAAACUACACCACCAACUUAAAACUGCAGAGAGGGACAAAAAUUUACUGAUGGCCACAUUGAGACAAGAAGGUUUGCUGAGUAAAGUGAAAACUCAAAGAGCUUCCCCGGUGAAUUACGAGUCUGACAGUAGCACCACUGAUGAUAAAGAAAAUAUUGAACCACGUCCUAAUACUGCACAGUCACAAAGGGUCUCAGAACCACUGAGGUCAGUCAUUGACGAUAUCAAAGCUUUAACUGAGGUGGCCUCGGAUUCUGAGGACUCUUAACAUGUGGGCAGAUCAGGAAC